UCAGUGCCAUCUAUAAUAUUUCUUCUCUAAUAAUUAUAAGGGCACAUCUCUCUCUCUUUGCUUUAAUCCACUUAUGUUUUCAAUGCGUAAUUAAGAAUUACACAAGAGUGCUUCUUCACAGGCUGCAUGUAUUAUUUUCACUUUCACUAUAGGGUACUGGGCCACAGAGAUGUCACAGAAAUACAACUACAACCAGGGGAGUUUCCGUUUCAUUGGAGGUGGAGUAUGACGAAGGGAUUAGUCUGCGGGGUGUUCACUUUUUAAAAAAGGAAUUCAAGUCAAGGUGUUGAAUUCUGUACAGUAGAAGUAGAUAAAUGUUAGAUGCCUUAAUUUGGCUUUGGACAUUCUCAUUAUUUCUAACAGCUUGAACAAAGUCUUCUACAAACAUGAAGUUGCCAGAAUUAAAGGACGCAGCCAGUCGCUUCAGAUUCACACAAUCUUGUGUGGCACUGAGUGGUUGCAUGUUUGUGUCUUAUGCUGUUUGGACACCAUUCUGGUUAAGAGAUAAAGGACUCUGGACUGAGUGGAACAACACAAAAAUUGACCGUGAAAGAGAUGGUUUGAUCUUCAAUGCGCUGGAAGCUGAGAGAGUGUUUGGGGUUCUUGCCUUCCUAUUGGCUUUGAGCACAGGAGCGCUCUCGAUGGUCUUUGCCCUCUGCUGGACAUCAGAGACGGUGCGCUCCUACUCGAACACUCGCUCUCUACUCAUGGCAGGGCAGGCGCUCUACCCUACGACCUUGCUCCUCCUUACCAUGGUAUCAACCGGUUUUUUUUUCUUACUCUGUUGGUCCAUUUUCACCUAUCAGCACUCUGAAGAAAUUUCCCUGGACUUCUCCCUGCUAGGCUCCUCUUAUUGGUUGGGGGCCUUAGGCUGGAUCUUGCUGUUGGUUGUGGAAAUUAUCAUCUUCAUAGUUGAGCAAGCUAUUGUUCCAGACAUCCUAGAAGACCUGGAGAAGGCAGUAGACUCAUGGAGAGUCACUGCCCGGUCAAAUCGUACAUUUAGUGAUGGUUGUGCUCAUCUUGCGUUUGGUAAGAGUAAACUAGCUCCAAAGAGGUACAUGUCAGUACCUUAAAUGAGUCACUACAUUUGUAUAGUAUAACGUAUUUUUCGGACUAUAAGUCGCAGUUUUUUUCAUAGUUUGGCUGGGGGUGCGACCUAUACUCUGGAGCGACAUAUGUGUGAAAUUAUUAAGACAUUAUUAAAUCAUUAUCAUGUUAUUUUGGUGUUUUGGAGUGACAGUGAUGGUAUGCUAAAGUUAUCUGAAGUAUUAAUAGCUAUGUUGCGUUAACAUAACUGCCACGUUCGCAUUUCGUUGUUCAUGCAUCAUGUAACAUUGUCAUACUGUAUGUUAUGUCUCGAAAGUCAUGUUAGUGUUUUUUUGUUUUGUUGGUGCAGAAUUUCCUGCUUUUAUUUUGGUAAUGGCAUUCCGCCUGGUUCCCAACUCUACUUCCUGCUCUUCCCAAUCAGGCUGAUCAUUUCCCCCUGUCAUCCAUUGUGUAUAUAGUCUGCACCUAACCUUUCCUCGUGUCAGUUCGUCUUGUAUCCUGCCAUAUUCCAUGUUACCAGCUCAUGUAAGCCUUUUCUUGACAUGACGCAUUUGGGUCCUUAGUGAAUCCUUGUCAUUGUACACUUAUUCAGCAUGUUGUUCUCUAAUGUAUUUUUAUUUUAAACUGCCUUUCAAGAUGACAUAUCUGUUCUAUGUGUUGGAUUUUAUCAAGUAAAUUUCCAUCCAAAAUGCAACUUAUACUCCAGUGCGACUUAUAUGUUUUAUUCCUCUUCGUUGGGCAUUUUAUGGCUGGUGCGACUUAUAUUCAGGUGCGACUUAUAUUCAGGUGCGACUUAUAGUCCGAAAAAUACGGUAACAUAGAACAUGAUUGUGAUAGUUUUAGAUCAAAAUGCAUGGACUCAAUGAAGAAAGCAGUGCUAUGAAGUGCAAGAGGAAAAGAAUAUUGGAGCAUCGUGCAAAGAGAUGGUUGCUUUAUCUUGUGUUUAUGAAAAAAAACAGAACACACACGAAGGGCUUUAUUUACUUAUGUUUUGGAUAUGCAAAAAUGGAUAGCAAACUUGAUUACUCACACAAGCAGACGUGGAAGCUACUAACCAUGAACACCCAGGAUUAUUACUGCCGUAUGCGUUAAAUUGCAGCACAGUUCAUUUUCUGUGUUAUGGGAGGAAUAUAUCUAAAUAAAUUUAUUCUGCACCAGCAAUUUGAUUUAUCAAACCUUCAAUAAAUUGCUGGAACCUAUAGGGCCUUAAGAGAAAACGUGGGCUCACUACCUGAGGGAGAAGCCAAAAGGUCAGAUUCUUUUAUUGGAUUAAUAUGCUUGUCACGGAUUGUCCAUAACAUCAAGUUGAAGCACAAGAGUGCAGAUAUGCACACUUGGUCCCAGUGUACUCUAGGAUGCAGUGUGAUGAUCAACUUUUUGGUCGUCUCAUGGGGCAUGAGGCUGCAUGUCUUGAAUGCUCGUGCGAAGAGGGUGCAGUUGUCAACUAAUCAUCUCCUAGUUUGACCCAAAGCGGGAUGAUUGUUGGCAAUAUUUGGGAUGUUUUCGCUGAAAAUAAUUCAAAUGGCUUAUCAAUGUGAUCAGGGUCUACUGUAAUGUCUUUAAGUAACGUCUUCAUUGAUUUUGCUUCAUGCUGUCCGCUGCCAACAUUUUUGGACUUAGUAAACAUGCCGGUCUUUCCUUGUCUCCCACUGUAUUAAAAGUGAAGCCAAACGCUACAUACGCUUUGUCAUAUUUCCUCGUCUUAGCUUUUGGGAAAAUAUGGCUGCGUUUCACUCGCGGUUUAAAUGUGCCCUCGCUCACUUGCCCUAGGCACUGCCCCUUAGAGGAAUCCAUUUCCCUAAACAGUGAAGUGAAUUUGGUGAGAUCGACCCUUAGAGCGCUUAGUGAUCAAGUCAACAACGAUGGUCACUCCAGAGCUUCCUAUAUCCCGCAAUGCAUUGCAGUGGUGCACGGAAAAUAUAUCCAUGCGGGGUGAUAAUGAAGCUCAAACACCGUUAGCUGCUGUAUAUAUACCACCAAAGAAGAAAAAAAUGAAUUAAGCUGCCAACAUGGUGUUUGAAUGUUAUACCAAACUUCCUCUCGAAUUGUAAAAUUCAUCAUUGUUGUUAAAAAAUAAAAAUGAAAAAAUUAGACACUGUGGCAGUUAUGGCAGAACGCAUGAAAUCACAGGAGUGCCUAAAUAAAUAAAUAAAUGAAUAAAAAGUAAAGUAACUUUUUUAUUGACUUCUCAUUUAAAAAAAAAAAAAAGGAAAAAACAAUGACAAUUUUUGUCAUUGAUGUUUCUAUUUCGCUUGCCUUUUCUAUUUCUUUUUCUAUUCUAUUUCAUAUCUGUCAAUGAAAUGGCCUUGGUAGGGACUGAAACUAAACUUAA